AUGUCUAACACAACAACAGGACGAAUCCCAUUAUGGUUCGUAGGGAUGGUAGGAGGACUUGCAGCGCUUGGACUCUUAGCUAUCUUCUUUUAUGGUUCUUACGUAGGACUUGGAUCGUCACUUUAA